AUGAUGAAUAUUUUUAAAAAAAAGAAGUUUAUAUUAGACGAAGACGAAGAGGAAAAUGAUUAUAAAAAUGAAGACGUGAUAAAUGAUAAUAAUAAAAAAGAAGCAGACGAAAAAAGUAAAAAAUCAGAAGAUGAAUCAAUAAAAGACUCAAAACAAGAUAUCGAUAAUAGCUUAAUACAAAAUAAAGAUAAAUUGAUUGACAAAGGCGAUGAGCUGGGUUUGGGAGAAGGCACUUCCAACCCUUUGUCGGGAAACCCCGUCGAGGAGGAUAUCGAACCAGACGAUGAAAAUAAGGUUGUGAAUAAUGAUCAAAAUGAAAAAGAAAGCGAAAAUAAUAAUGGUGAUAACAAUCCCAAAGUAAAAGUUAUAAAAAAAAUGAGAAAACUGAAAAAGAGUUUCAAUCCACAAAAUAGUGAUGAAUCAGAUACCCAAAAGGAGACAGAAAAACCAAUAAAAACAUUUAAGCUUAACAAAAAAGAUUUUGUUUUAAAAAAUUCUGAUUCAAAAAAACAAACCCCUGAUAAUGAAAAUCAUUCAAUUGAUGAGAAUCACAAGUUAGAUGAAGUAGACACACAGAAAGAAAGAAAAAAAAUGAAAAGCGAUAAAAAAAAUAAAAAAAUUAAAAAAGGAAAAGAAGAAAGAAAGGAGAAAGAAACUGACGAAGAAAUGGAGAAUGAAAUGGAAGCAGAAAGCGAGGAAGACGAUCUUUGGGGGAAUAGCACACAAAGUGAAAAAGAUGAAACAAAUAGUAAUAUAACAAAGGAAAAUGAAAGUGAUAAUGAUUAUGACGAAAAAAAGAAUAUAACGAAAAAAAAAAAGAAAAAAAAAAAUGAAGAUAAUGCCCCUAUAGACGGUGCAAUAAAUGAAACGGUGAGAAAAAGCAAAAAAAUAAAAAAUUCAAAACUAAUGGAAGAUGUAAAAACAGAUGAUGAUAAAAUAAGACUAAAAUCAAUUUAUAUAUCAUUUUUAAAAAAAGAAUAUAAUAUCGAAGAAUAUAUUUCUGAAAGUUUAAAUGUUAUAAUUCCUUUAAAUAAAAAAGACAUAUUUCUAACUGAAAAUAACAUUAUUUUGGAUAAUAUGGAUAAAAGUGAAGUAAAAAAAAUGGAACUUUUAUGGUUUGAAAAAUUAACUAAAAAUAGAAGAAGCAUAAUCAACUGCUUCGUUACACUAAGCAAGUUAGGUUCGUCCUAUAAAAACACAAAUGGGGAACCUGGAAUGAAUGUUAAGACAGACCAAAUAAAAAAAGAAGAGGAAACAAAAGACGAAGAAAAAAAAGAAGAGGAAACAAAAGACGAAGAAAAAAAAGAAGAGGAAAAAAAAGAAGAGGAAAAAAAAGAAGAAGAAAAAAAAGAAGAGGAAAAAAAAGACGAAGAUAAAAAAACAGAUAACCCAAAUGAAAAGGAACCUUCUCAAAAUUCUGAAGAAAAAAAUUCAUCAGACUAUAGUAGCAUAUUCUACAAAAAGAAAGAUUUAAUAAUAGUCGAUAAUUUAGUGAAUUUGUGUAACCAACAAAUUAAAGCAGUAAAAGAAUAUAUAUCUUAUUUAAAAAAAAAUAUAUAUGAUAUAUCAACUGUCGAGGAAAAUAAUGAGAAGAUAAAAGAAAUGAAUAUAUUAGAACCAAUAAAAAGAAGGGAAUUAUUUUUUUAUUUAAAUUUAUGCAUAUCUAUGAGAUAUGCACAAGAAGAGAUGCCAUGUGUUUAUGUUAUUCCCAAAUCAAUAAAUCCAGAUAUCAGAGGAUUUACUUUACAUCCUAUGUUUUACCAUAUCAAUAAAAAAUUAAACGAACAAGAUCCAAAUAAAAAGGUGGAUAUGCUAGUAGACAAUCCAUGGGGGAAAUUAAAAUUAUUAAAAAUGGGAAAACGGAAUGUUAAACCAAAUAAUAGAACUGGUGGUAAUAAUAACAUUAGCAGUUAUAGUAAUGCUAACGGGAAUGAAACAGAACAAAAAUCUUUGAAAAAAAAUGAAAUCAAUGAUGAAGAUAAAUUAAUAGAUAAUCCUGAAUUAUCUGUUGCUGAAAAAAGAGAACUAGAAGAAGCAGAAAGAAAAAAAAAAGCUAUAGAAGAAAUGAAAAAAAAAAAAAGAGAAAAAGAUCAUAAAAAAACAUUUAAUGUAUAUUCAUUAUUAGAAUCAGCUGCACAAUACUUUGGCGAAGGACCAAAAUAUUCUAAUCCUAAUAUUCAUAAAUUUCACAAAUCAAAUAAUAAUGAUUUAGUAUAUAUAAAAGCCCCAACUAAUAUUGACGAAAAAAAUAUCUUAAUAAAUUAUUUUCUACAAUUUCCAAGUAUAAAUAAAAAAUUAGAAUAUAGUAAAAGAAGAGUAUAUGCAGAAAAUUAUGGACUUCUCAAAAUUAUUAAAAAUAGUGAUAAUCAUCCAAUAAAUUUUGAACUAAAUGUUCAACCAUGGUUAUUGGAUCAAUACAAAGACAUGUGGAAUGUUCAAAAUGAACUCAACAAAUUUCAAAUCUGGAAUAUGUCGAAUUUAGUAGCUGAGCAACGAAAGUUUGAGGACACCACAUUUUGUUUCACAAAGGAAGAAUUUACCAAUCAGCCUGAUACCAGCAAAAGUGUUGGUCUAAUGGGAAAGACAGAAACAUAUUUCGAACCAAAGCCUGCCAACACAACCGAAGUUAAAGAGGUUGAAGCAAAGGUUGACAAAAUAAAUGACGUUAAAGAGGCUGAAGCAAAGGUUGACAAAAUAAAUGACGCUAAAGAGGCUGAAGCAAAGGCUGCCAACACAAAUGACGUUAAAGAGGCGGAAGCAAGCGAAGUAAUCGAUUCAAAUGUGACAGGGACGGAUUCUGUAAGCGCAUUCGAUUUAAAGCAUGGCCCGAGCAAGGAUUACGAUGAAAUGAAAAAAAACGAACAACAGUUAACCAAAAAAAUAAAAAAAAUAUGCUCCAAUGAAGAUAUCAAACAAAUGAAAUUAACAAAUUUUUUAAGUAAAAAUAAAAUAAAUACUCAAAAUAUAAAAGUGGAAAAUAAAACAGAAGAGAAAAUAAUUGAAGAAAAUAACGAGCAAGAUAAAACGGAAAUUAACAGUGAUAAUGAAGAUAUGAAAUAUUUACAAAUAAAUCCAAAAAAAAAAAAAAAAAAAAUACUUGACGAUGAACAAAUUAUUGACCAAAUUAAUGAAAAUCCAAAUAAACAUGACGAUGAAACAAACAAAGAUAACAUUAAUGAAAAUUUUGAUAAAAAUAAUGAUAAUCAAAAAAAUGAAACUGAGAAUAGUCAAUCUUAUCAUAUAAAUAAGAAUAAAGAUUUUUUUAAAAGCAAAACAGAUUAUCAAGAAAAUGACGAACACGACUUAGGUACCGAAAUUCCUAAAACAAAGAAUAAGAAGAAAAAAAAAAAUGAAUUUGAUGAAAGCCAGGAUGAAGCUAAUCAUAUUGAAGAUAUUGUUGAAAGACAAAGAUAUUUAGAUGAAAAAAAAAGGAUAAAACUUGACAGAAUGAAGAACAUGUUUGAAAUGGAAGCAGAAGAAAGUGAAGACGAAAAUAUAGACGACCCAGAAGAAAGAAGGCGAGCACAGGUUCUAAAGAAGGAAAAAUAUAACGAAGAUGAAUUUGAUGAUGAUGAUCAGUACAACAACGAAGGCCUUAACGAAUUCAUAAAUAAUGAAGAAUACAAUAGCGAUAAUGAAGUUAUAAAACUAAAAUAUCAUGAAGAAAUGGAAAAAUUAGAAGAGGAUAUGUUUUUGAAAAAAUUUACAUAUCAAGGAAAAGAGUUUAAUAAAGAAUUAACAAAUAGGGAAAAACUAGAACUAGAAAGAGAAAAACAAUUAUUAAAAAGAAAAAAACUUUUAAUAAAUUGUAGUUUAGGUGAUGUAAAAUAUAGUGAUUUUGAAUCUGAUAGUUCGGUUAGCAGUACUAAAAGUGUCAAAAAAAAACUAAAAAAUUCGUUGUAUGAGCCAUUCAAAGAUAAUGAUGAUAUUUUAAAAGCAAAUCAUAAUUAUAUGUCAAAUUUCUAUAAUGGAAGUGAAUUCCCAAAGGAAUAUGAUAUUGCAGAUGAAGCCAAAAGGAAGCAAAUCCUUGAAAAAAUUGAUAACGUGAUAUACAGAAAAGAAGUAAAUACAGAUGAAGGGGAAAAAAUAAUAAUUAAAAAAAAACGAAAGAUAAGAUUCCAUCAAGAAUUAUCAGACUUAACAGUAACCGAAGAAGAGGAAAAUGAGGAGUAUAAAAAAACGAAAAAAAAAAACAAAAAAAUAAAUGCUAACUUAGUUGAAAAUCCAACUAUUACACACACUUCAAAUAAAAAUAUUAAUCAUAAUAAUAAAGCUUCCAUAAAAUGGAACAAUAAUGUAAAAGACGUUAGCGAAUUGAAUACACCUACAAAUGGUGAAGUUUUUGCUGGAUUUAGAAAAGUGCAGAAUAUUCAGUGA